AUGGGCGUAUCAACUGUUGGUUUCAGAACUCAAAAAUACAAUCCGGCUGAGUCGAGCGAGGUCAUGUAUGCUAGAUUUCGUCAAAUACUUUCCGAUUUGAAUAAUGCCGAAAACGUUAACAAAGUUUCGCGCGAAAUAAUUUCUAAAAUCGAAAGAAACGCUCGACAAAUUCAGUUCAACUCCACAAGACAUCUAAAAGAUCGGGUUGGUGACAUAACCUUGUGGAAAAAUCAACUAUGUGAAGAAAUUAAGGAGACCGCUCUAGAAAUUAUUCAGUUAAAUGAAUUUAAAACUAGAUUAGAAAAAGCUCAAUUAGCUCAUGAAAUUAUAAACAUGAUAGUGUCAGAUAAUUUGAAUGCCAGAGAGCAUAGGGAUGGAGUGGAUAAAGUGCAAGAUAACGUUGAACUUGGUCUUCUGAAAGAGCUGGAAAUAACGAAUAGCGCGAUGGAGCUAUUGAAACGAACUUUGAAACAAUGUGAAGAGCAGAUUAAACGCAACAAAAACUGCAAACACGAAAUGGAAAUGGAUUGGAGCGACAAGAAGGAAGCGCACGACAAUGACUGUUUCAAUGCAUCACUGAAAGAGGAUUCUCGGUGUAAACAGUUUUAUCCAGCCGCCGCGAAAUUUCAGGAAAUUCAAUCGACACCAGAGUCUUGGGCUCAAUUCACACACGACAACCUAGCUAAGGCAGAACAGGAGCGCAUGUCUUCCAUACAGUUGAGAUGCCUGAUUGAUAACUUACUUGAUACGACCGCUAAUGACAUCAGGAAACAAGCCGAUGAUGUUAACUUCUUGUUUAAUAAUCGCAUCAAAGUAUUAAGUGAAACAUUGUGGAAAUUAAACGAAGACCUGACUAAAGUAAAUAAAAUGGUCUACAAUUGUGAACUAAACAUUGAAACAAUCAAAAGAAGCAUAAAAAAUUAUGAAGAAUUGAUGAAAGUCGCUCAAACCAGACUUAGAAAUCGAGAGAACAGACCAAACGUUGAGUUAACAAGAGAUCCUGCCCAAUACAGUUUGGUUAGUGAAGUAAACGAAUUGGCAAGAUCUUUGGACGCUUUGAUUCAGAAAACUAAUGAAUCUGAAAGUGCAUUGAAGGAUAUGCUGGAUGAAAGAACACUUCUGGAGAAGAACAAGCUGGUUGUCGAAUAUUCAAUUUUUAUCGACAGGGAAAAGUGUUUGCCUCAUCGCACCAGGUACCCGAGUAAAAUGAAACUUCUUGGCUAUCAGUAA